AUGGAGCGAGACAUUGAUCCCUAUCUGCAGAGUAUCCUCGACGAUGCCAAAGGCCUCCAUCGUCAGGAGCAAGCCCGGGCGUUUAACCUCCCACCUAUGGCGCCCCAGAUGUCAGAGUGGAACUUCACGCCAUCUGCAAGACGUUCUCUGACAGAACCAGACAUCUUUGAUCGUUCAAGUAAGACCAGGUUUUGUUGCUGUGAUAUUGGGGGGAGCAUGAAUGCUAACAAAUAUUAUGUAGCUGCUGUAGCGGCCCCUCGACCAAUGUUUGGGUCAUCCUACCAAACCCAACAAUCUCGAGCUUCUGCUCCGAAUCGAGUGUCUCUCCCACCUCGUAACCUCUAUGACCAGCAAGAUGCCGAUCAAGGCGUCUCCGAAAACGCAGACAGCCACUUUGCUUUUCAGCAAGUUGCACGCCCAAACACUUCAAUCCACCAAGGAUAUCCGCGGUUGCAGAAUUCACACACGCAGCCGGAUCAAACAGAUCGACUUCUGAAUGCUAUGCUCACGCAGACAAUGAUGCCAUUACAACCACAUGGUCGUUUUUCAGAGCCACAGGGCUUUUUUCAUCAUCCGCAGCAGCCAGUAAAUUCGACACUAAAUCCAUUGCGGUCACUACAAUCACAGCUUGCCAGUCCUGUCCCUCCGAGUAUGUAUUAUACCACUCUAUCUUGAUGCUUCUAGGAUCGCUCUGACACAUCAAGGUGCCUUUUCUCGUAGCCCGGAAGGAAAGCUGUUCAGCAGUACCCGCUCCCAUGCCGACUCAAGUCCGGCCGAGAGAGUGAGCCGCCGAAAGGUAGCAGCUCGUACAACACCAGCAUUCCAACCCUCAGCUGGUCGAAGUGCUUUGCCAUACCCGAGUACCCCUAAACAGCAGCAGCCUUACGGAUCGCCAGUCAAGCGUACCCCACAAACAUUGGCGCUUGCGCAUGCUCCUCCACUUGCUCACGGUAUCCAGCUUGUCUCCCCACAUGAUUUACCAGAUCGAUUUCGUUCUGUAUUUCCAUACGAGCUCUUCAACGCGGUACAAUCGAAAUGUUUCAACCCCAUAUAUAGAACCAACGAUAACAUAGUUGUCUCGGCUCCUACAGGCAGUGGGAAAACUGCUCUCCUCGAGCUCGCUAUUUGUAGGGCUAUUGACCAGAAUAGCUCUACGCAAUUCAAAAUUGUCUACCAGGCGCCGACAAAGUCUCUAUGCUCGGAGCGUAUGCGAGACUGGAGUACGAAGUUUUCUCAUCUGAAUUUGGACUGUGCAGAGCUCACAGGAGAUACAACCCAUGCCGAAAUGGCAAAAGUACGCAAAGCAUCAGUCAUCAUUACGACCCCAGAGAAGUGGGACAGCAUCACUCGCAAAUGGUCAGACCACCAUCGUUUGGUUCAAAUGGUCCAGCUCUUUCUGAUCGACGAAGUACAUAUAGUGAAGGAAGUCCGGGGUGCAACUUUAGAGGCGGUCGUCUCUCGCAUGAAGUCCAUGGGAGCAAAUGUACGUUUCGUUGCGCUGAGUGCUACAAUCCCCAACUCGGAAGACAUUGCGGUGUGGUUCGGCAAGAAUCACUGCAAUCAACAACUUCCAGCCCAUCGAGAGACAUUUGGGGAAGACUUCCGGCCUGUGAAGCUCCAAAAGCAUGUUUACGGAUACGAUGACAAGAUGAAUGACUUUGUCUUUGAAAAACUUCUUGACGGAAAGCUGCCCGCAAUAAUUCGGAAGCAUACAGAGAAAAAGCCUAUCAUGAUAUUCUGCUUUACGCGAAAAUCAUGUGAAAAUACCGCCAAAUUGCUCGCUGAUUGGUGGGCAUCUCAGACAGCUGCCGAUCGUGCGUGGUCACCCCCAGUGCAGCAGGUAUCCCUCCAGAAUUCAGAGCUACAAGCGCUUGCCAGAUGUGGCGUUGCGUUCCAUCAUGCUGGCCUUGAAUAUCAUGAUCGCCAGAUUGUGGAAAAUUCCUUCCUCAAGGGCAAUAUUAGUGUCAUAUGUUGUACCUCUACUUUGGCCGUAGGGGUAAACCUUCCUUGUCAUCUUGUUAUUUUGAAAGGGACUGUUACCUUCCAAGACGGACACGUUGCUGAGUGCUCUGAUCUUGAGGUUAUGCAGAUGCUUGGGAGAGCUGGCAGGCCUCAGUUCGAGGAGAGUGCGGUGGCAGUGAUCAUGACGAAGGUGGACAAAAAGCAACGCUAUGAGAGAAUGAUUUCCGGUACUGAUGUCCUCGAAAGCAGCCUACACCUGAAUCUCAUUGAGCAUCUGAACUCUGAAAUUGGACUGGGGACUGUCAAUAGCAUUGGCUCCGCAAAGUCAUGGCUCGAAGGAACAUUUCUGGCUGUUCGCAUGAGAUUGAAUCCCAAUUAUUACAAGAUAGACGGUAUAUAUCCAGGCGGCGACACCGAUGAGCGUCUUAAGCAAGUUUGCGAAAGAGAUAUCAAACUCCUUCGAGAACAUGAAUUAGUGACUGGAGGGCACGAAAUCAAGUGCACGGUGUACGGAGACGCUAUGUCUCGCUACAUGAUACAAUUUGAGACGAUGAAGCUAUUAUUGGGUAUAUCAAAAGAAGCAAAGACGGAGGAAAUUGUAGGUAACCCCUUUUAUUACACGCUAAACAUUUGCUAACAAACCAAGCUCAAUAUUCUCUGCAUGGCAAAGGAUUUUCAAGAUUUCAGAAUGAAGCCCAACCAGAGAGCUUGUCUUAAAGAAUUCAACCAGUCUCCAUUUAUGAAGUUUCCAACCAAGGGAAAUAUCUCUACAACUUCCCAGAAGAUAUCUUUGCUAGUGCAAUCCCAACUAGGCGGCAUGGAGCACCCCACUGCAAAAGACUUCUCGACCCUGCGAAGACAAUUUAUGAUAGAGAAAUCUGUCAUAUUGGACCGUAUGAAGCGUCUUAUUCGAUGUGUGAUCGAUUGUAAAGCGUAUGAUUGCGAUGCGAUCUCUACAAGGCACGCUCUUGACCUUUCAAGGAGCUUUUCUGCGGGUUUCUGGGAGCACUCCAACCUUCAACUUCAACAAGUUUCCCAGAUUGGCCCUGUCGCAGUUAGGAAGUUGGUGACACACAAUAUCAAUACUAUUGAGAAGCUUUCCGCCCUUGACACUGCAAGUAUCGAAAGAUAUGUCGGGAAAAAUCCUCCAUUCGGAAGGCAGAUAAAGGAUAGGGUUUCGGGAUUUCCGAAUUUGACGCUCGAAGAACUUUCAGUCAACAAAGUCACAACCAAAACUGAGCAGAAGCCAAAGGUCAAAAUCAGAGUUCGCGUUGGAUAUUCCAAUACUAGGGUGCCGGUGUGGAAUGGUCUAAAGCCCUCAUUGACAUUUACAGCAGAAACCACCAAGAGUGGCUGCCUUGUACAUUUUUGGCGGGGCAGCAUCCUUCAGCUUGACCAUGGCUUCGAACUUGCCUUUACGGCUGAACUGCCGAGUGCCAUUGAUGAAAUAUACUGUGUUGUAGCUUGCGAUGGGAUCGUAGGAACGCAAAGAACACAUUCUAUCCAGCAUAAGAUCCCAGCCUCUGAGUUUCCACCUCCCACUCCCGGAAAAACUGUGGUUUCAAACAGCUCGCAAUUCAAAGGUGCUUCAGAUGAUGAAUUUGGUGGAGACGACCUCCAGGAUAGUGAUCUUCUUAAUGUUGCUGCUGAAUUGGAGCUUGUCGGGGACUCGGAUGGAUUCGUUGACGUUGAAGAUGUGCUUGCACAGAGCUCAAAAAAAUCGACUGACACCACGACGCCAAACAUAUCGGGAUCUGUCCAGAUGCCGAACGGUAAGUGGACCUGCAAUCAUUUGUGUCGUGAUGGUCUCAAGAACGGGAACCCUUGCAAACACAAGUGUUGCCACGAAGGCCUGGAUAAACCACCAAAGUCAAAGGUCAGAACCAAGGUAAAUUAUCGUGAACUUCCCGCAUCCCUGUUGAGUAUCUCAUCAUGUUUAGGCGUCUAGCUCCAAGCAGAAUGUAGCCUCCUCCAAGAGCAACAAAACUGCGUCCGUCAAGCAUAACAUGGUACGUGCCACAACAAUUUUUUCAAGGAGCUCAAAUUGACUGCCCAUCGUAGGUCUCGAAAUUGAAGUUGAAAAGUCAGAAAUCUCAACGUCAGGACGGAGACGAAUUUGAAGUAAUAGAUCUUGCCGAGGAUUAUGAAACUCCCUACUCUCAAUUCGCCCCUCGUGACUAUCAAAAGUUGCACAAGCUCCAUACAAGCAUUCAAGAGGAUAGGCCUCUGCGAAUGAUGCAACAAACCCCUGCAUUCGAGUAUGGAAGCGGGAAGUCACCAAAACUACCCUUUGCACCCACCGACGACAAUACUUUUGAUAGCGAUGAGCUUGACGAGUUAGAAUUCCCAUCACCGUCCAAACUCGUGAAGAACGUCAAUAGAGGGCUUCAUGGCAUGCCUUUAACAACACAGUCAAGAACCUCAGCGAAGGCUGUUCCCGAUGACAAUGGUCUUGACGAGAUAGAGUUUCCAUCAUCGUCUGAACCUCUGAAGAAGAGUGUUGCGCUUUCUUCGCAACGUGAUUUUGACUCAAAUCUUGAGCUGCCUUCGCCAGCAACAUUACGGGAGCAAUAUGGCAACAAAGACCCUUUUGAAGAACCAUAUACUCCGAAUCGACGCUCGGCUUCAAAUAUUCAUACUAAUGGUGAUUCGUUGACGAGCCUUGAAGCUGGGAUGCUUGAGCUCAGCGACCCGAUGAUAUCAGCACUAGAACCAACUAGCCCAAAACUCACAUCUAGCUUCGCCAACGGCGUCUUUGAUUUUGACUCUUUCCCAGAAGAAGAUCACGACACAAAGUCAACCCCAUGUUACUCAGCCCAUCAAAUUAUAAAUGCAGAGCCGACAGUCCUCCUCCCAGAUGCUAAGGCAUCCUUGAAAAGAGAGAGAUCGCCAGCACCAGAAACAACUGAGGUGAAGCACCGCCGAAUCGUAAAGGACCAGGCACCGGCAAUGCCAUCACUACCUGCAUGGGUCAGUGAGUUUGAUGCUGAGUUAAUCAAUGCACUGAAGGAUUAUGUCGAAUUUGUCGAAUGAAAUGAAGCCAUCAGAGUUGUUUUUGCUGCCUAUUGACAGAUGCCCUUGGCAUUUGAGCUACAUAUUGCUGUAUAUUGGCUGAUCAUUAUCAUGGUGUCGCUUUGGGCGUUCGUUCGGUUAUUGCCAGUUCAUGUUGAUGAGAUAUCCUUUUGCAUUUCUUCACGUAGGGUGAAGUGGAGGCUCUAUAUAGAGGAUGCCAGUAUUCUGCUUCUCUACAUGUUUCUAGUGCAUUUCAAGGUUACUCUGCCAAUUGCAUAUCUCAGCU